CGGCUUCCGGGCAUAGAGUUGGGUGUUCCCUCCUCUGUGUGGUUGCCGGAGCCUGGAGUCGCCGGGGUCGCGGGGGCUGAGAGGGAGCCUGGCGGGGCCAGGGAGGCGGGAUCUGCGCGAGGCCUACCGUCGUCGAGCUCCCGUAGCCGGUCCAAAGCGUUGCGCCUUUCGUCAUUCCAGCCCCCCUUGCGAGCAACCCUGCGAGGUAGGCCACCUGGGGGGGGGGGGGUUGCCGGGUCUCUCGGGGAGGUUUUGGCACAGCCUGACCCCUUCCUUUGGUAGUCCUCACAGAACUCUAGCCCAAUGGGUGCCAUUAAUUUGAUUUGGUUUUUUGAUUUCAAUGCAAAGUUAUAACAAAAUUUACAAACAUUGAGUCCAAAAUAAUACCAUACAAACAAGAAAAAAGAAAGGAAAGAAAACAGAACACGAAAAAAGAAAACAAAAAAGAACAAAGCACACACAUCUACAAAUAAAACCGUAUCAUCAUUCUAAUCUAGUCAUUACAUACAUAUACACAUAUUGACUUCCUUCCUUUGUUCUAAGGCCUCAAAAUUGUUACUCUUACUAAAUUGUUGUGUCUAAUGUAGAUUACUUCCAUCAUUGUACAGUGGUGCCUCGCAAGACGAAAUUAAUUCGUUCCGCGAGUUUUGUCGUCUUGCGAUUUUUUUCGUCUUGCGAAGCACGGUGUCGGGAAAGUUUUGGAAAAGCUUCAAAAAUCACCAAAGUCUUUCACCACGUUCUAUGAGUUGCUCCUCGAAGUCAAGUCACAACUGUAUUAACGGUGUUAAGAAAAAGGAAACAAACUUGCAAGACGUUUCCAUCUUGCGAAGCAAGCCCAUAGGGAAAAUCGUCUUGGGAAGCAGCUCAAAAAACAAAAAACCCUUUCGUCUAGCGAGUUUUUUGUCUUGCGAGGCAUUCGUCUUGCGAGGUACCACUGUACUUUUCUACACCAUUUUUCUUUUUCUUUAACCCCGCAAAGCAUUUUUCUUUAACCCUGUAAAGCAAAUAAAUAAAUAAAUAAUAAUUUGAUUUGAUUUUGAAAUGAAUUGAUUUUAGAAUGCUGUGUUACCUUUAUUGUUAGCCGCUCUGAGCUCGGCUUCGGCUGGGGAGGGCGGGAUAUAAAUUUAUUAUUAUCAUUAUUGGCAGGGGCGGGGCCUGGUGGGGGAAGAGAGCGGCUGUCGCAGGGCCAGCUCAGGGAUGGAGCCUCCGUCUCCGAAAGUUUUCAGUCUAGGAAGACAAACAUACACAACAUAAUCACUUCAGGGGAGGGUUUAGAUCCUGCUCUCCAGGACGACGCCCCAAAGCAAAGAAAAAUGAAUAAAGCAAAGCAACCGAUUUUAAAGAAUUUGCCACACUUUAAAGAUUAAAGUGUGUGUAGAUAGAUAGAUAGAUAGAUAGAUAAUUUAUUACGGUCGGAGACCAGCUUAUAAAAUACCCUUGCGGGUACAAUUCCAGAAGGAAAACAAACAUUUAAAACAAUGUACAACAAUAAAUUUAUAAAUGUGAUAGGCGUAUCGACACUUAAAACUUUAAGAUAAGCUACCGCAGAGAGAUGACCCAGAGUCACCCAUGGAACCGAGUUUGGGGAUUUUCUUAACUAACUAGUUUGGGUUGGGGGAUGGUCUGCGCCUACAGAUCUGUACACAGAAUCUGGUGACCAUCCGGGUUGUCUUAUGAUCUUGGCCUAAUAGGAAAAGGAUGUUUGUGUAUGUAUGUAUUUUUCCCUGUUCGAAAAGUCCCCCCCCCCAAAAAAAUGAAGGUUUUUUUCUCCUUUUAGCCUGCUUUGAUCGUGUGACACAAGGGAAUGGUGUCUUGCUCUGCUUACAUACCUAUUGAAUGUUGCGGCAGCAGCAGAGGCCCUGGAGAGUGUCAAGAGGUGGCUGGGAGUGCUGUGGUUACUAUGGGCUCCAUGUUAGGGGCCACAAGGCAGGGAUGAGGAAAGCUUUGCUUGCUUCAUUUCUACAGUCAGGUUGCCGUUAGAAGCAAAGGAGCGAAACCAGUAAAAGAAAGGUGGCAACGCUGGCUACUCCAGUGAAUUGUUUCCUCUGAGCAGAGGCUGUAAUUGUGGGGAAUACUUUGCUGCAAGUUUGCACUCACUGAAAGUGUGGAAUAAUGGCUGCCUUGCCUUAAGUGAUCUAUUGAAUAAAUUCUAGGGGCUGGUUUUUAAUACUGUGGUCUUAUUUCUAACCCUUUGUAGCCUUAACGAACCCACCUAUGCUGCAGUGAGGUGUGCCUGUUUGAUAACAAAGAGGGAAUUGCUGGACAGCUGAGAAGAUCUUGCUUUGGGCAAGCAUCUGGCAUUGAGUUUUCCUUCUGCCUGUCAAGCUGAAGAUGUGCUGAAGCCCAAAAGAGGGCAGGGACCUCUUCAUUCUGCAGCGAUGGAUGAGGAGAGUUUGGAAGCAGCAAUCCAGACCUAUAACGCCCAGCUGCAGCAAGUGGAGCUGGCUUUGGGAGCUGUGCCAGACCCAACACAGGAACCUGACCUGAUCCAGCUGCAGGCUGAUUUAAAGGAGCUGAUAGAACUGACAGAAUCCAGCCUGGUUUCUGUGAAAAAGAGCAAGCUCUGUGCAACUUUGGACCCAGCGACGCUCUCCACAUCUUCGUCCAAUCCUCUCCAGCCAGACAGGCCACUGAGCACAGAUGAUGAAUAUGCCGCUUUUAAGGAAGCCAUUUCUGAAACGGGUGGAGAGGAUGAGUCCCCAGAUGCUCAAGAUGUGGAGCAGGAAGGAGAGGAGGAGGAGGAAGAGGAAGAAGAGGAGGAGGAAGCCAGUGGGAUGAAAGUGAAAGCCCCAUACUACAGUUCUUGGGGCACCCUUGAGUACCAUAAUGCCAUGAUUGUGGGGAGUGAAUCUAUGGAAGAUGGAAGCCGAGGGGUCAGAGUGCUCUAUCUCUACCCCACCCACAAAUCCUUGAAGCCGUGCCCCUUCUUCCUGGAUGACAAGUGUCGGUUUAAAGAGAAUUGCCGGUAAUUAGGAUUCCUCUUGAGUUGGGUAAGGGGUAGGGACGGGGUUCCCAAUGGGUCAGGGAAGUCUUCAUAAUAUUCCGCCUCCCCUCCCCCAAGGACCUGGAUGCUAUGCCAAGCUUGCAUUCCCCGUACCCACUUUCAUUUUGGGCAGCUUUCUCCAACCUGCUGCCCUCUGCACCAGGAUUUCCCAAACUUGGGUCUCCGGUUUUGGACUACAACUCCCAUCAUCCCUAGCUGGCAGGGCCCAGUGGUCAGGGAUGAUGGGAACUGUAGUCCAGAAAUAGAGGGAAACCCUGCUCUAGAUAUCUGGUAGUACAGCUCCCGUGAGCCCCAGCCAGCAUGAUCAGCUGUUAGAGAAAUGGGCUGUGGAGGCCACAAUACUUGGAAGGCGCUGGGGUCCAAUUUUGAGCAUCUCUGCAGUUUAAUUUUGCAGUAUCCUUUGUGCAGCUUGGAAGCAUGCAGUUGAGUUGCAGGGAACCUUUCGCCCUCCGAUCAGCCCCAGCACAAAUGGCCAGGGAAGAAGGCAGCUGUAGUUCAUCAACAUCUGGUGGGCCAAAUGUUUCUCAUAGAUGGUCCUGAAUAAGAAUAUAAGGAGAGCCCUGCUUGCUCUGACCAACUAGUCUAGCAUCCUGUUCCCACAGUGGCCAGUCAGUGGGAUGCCUGAAAACAGCACCCGAGUGCAGCAGUCCUCUCCUCGUUUGUGAUUCCCAGCAGCUGGCGUUUGUGAUUCAUUGUCCUUGUGUUGCCCCCCACCCUCCGGCAGAUUCUCCCAUGGGCAAGUUGUAUCUGUGGAGGAGCUGCGCCCCUUUGAGGAGCCCGACCUCAGCUGCCUUGCUGUGGGCUCAGCUUGCCUGGCAAGGCAUCAGGAUGGGAUCUGGUAUGCUGCUAAAAUCACAGGUGAGUUUGUUUGGCUUUGCACGUUUGCUGUGAGGUUGGAGGGUGGUUUUUGCCUGUUUCUAACUUGACUUAUGGGUGCGGCAGGGCUAGGCAAGAUACCUGUCUGGCAUGAGGGGACCCUAAGACAUACCCAAACUAUCAGUGGCCCCUCUGAUGCAGGAGUUUGCAUGAUGCACUCUUGCAAAGAAAUCCAAACAUUAGCUUGCCUGCAAACUUUCAGUUACUACUCCACCCGUAGAAACUAAGCUGCGUUAUUCCAAGCUUGUUCAUUGGUCCAUCUAGCUAGUUUAUUUUCUCUGAUUGGCAACAGCUUUCCAGGAUUUUGGGCACAAGCAUAUGUUUCUUUCUUUGGGCUUUAUACCCACAGACCUUUUUAACUGGAGAACUGGGACCUGAACUACCGUAUUUCGUAUGUAGUGCACUUGCUCUACCAAAGUGCUUUGCCCAAUGUAUAUGGGGGGGGGCAUAGCUGUCAACUUUUCCCUUUUCUUGCGAGGAAUCCUAUUCGGAAUAAGGGAAUUGCCCUUAAAAAAGGGGAAAUGUUGACAGCUGGGGGGGGGGAGUGGUUAAAAAAAAUGCCUCCUGUACUUUAAGGAUGCAUUUAAUGUCAUACCUUUUAAAAAGUAAAGGAUAUUAAAAUCGCCCAUCAGGAACUGGGGAAACAAAGUCACAAUGCUAUACCAGUUCAUAUAUACAGUGGAUGUAUAAAUCAAUGGACUGUUCAGUCUUGUGCAUGUCUAUCCAGAAGCAAGGUCCGCUGAGUUCAAUGGAGUUUACUCCCAGACCAACGUUGCAGCAAAAGGUAUUGAUCUGAAACGGUUUCUUGCACACACCUCUUGCUGAGGAGUUGUGAGGGAUGCAUGUCUUGAUAUUUGAGCUUUAUGGGGGGGGGAGCUUCUCCUAAUUGUACAUGGGACGCAGGUGGCGCUGUGGUCUAAACCAAAGAGCCUAGGGCUUACCGAUCAGAAGGUCAGCAGUUCGAUUCCCCGCGAUGGGGUGAGCUCCCGUUGCUCGGUCCCUGCUCCUGCCAACCUAGCAGUUUGAAAGCACGUCAGGUGCAAGUAGAUAAAUAGGUACCACUCCGGUGGAAAGGUAAACGGAAUUUCCGUGCGCUGCUCUGGUUCGCCAGAAGCGGCUUAGGCAUGCUGGCCACAUGACCUGGAAGCUGUACACCGGCUCCCUCAGCCAAUAAAGCGAGAUGAGCACCACAACCCCAGAGUCGUCCGCGAAUGGACCUAAUGGUCAGGGGUCCCUUUACCUUUACCCCAGUUGGCGCCUUGAAUUGCAGCAUAACCGUUUCGCUUUCCCUUCCUCAGACAUUGACAGCGGUUACUACACGGUGAAAUUUGAUUCGCUGCUCCUGAAAGAAGCGGUUGUGGAGGGAGAUGGCAUUAUGCCUCCCCUCCGUGGCGAGGAGAGCUCAUCCUCAUCGGAAUCGGAAGGCGAUGAAGUGGAUGAUGCCGGAUAUGCCAAAGGUAUAAGGCAUGGGUAGGCAAACUAAGGCCUGGGGGCCAGAUCCAGCCAAAUUGCCUUCUAAAUCUGGCCCAUGGGAAUCAGCAUUUUUUUACAUGAGUAGAACGUGUCCUUCUAUUUAAAAUGCACCUCUGGGUUAUUUGUAGGGCCUGCCUGGUGUUUUUACAUGAGUAGAAUGGGUGCUUUUGUUUAAAAUGCAAUUCUGGGUUAUUUGUGGGGCAUAGGAAUUCCUUCAUUUCCCCCCAAAAAAUAUAGUCCGGCCCCCCACAAGGUCUGAGGGACAGUAGACUGGCCCCUUGCUGAAAAGUUUUGCUGAACCCUGGUAUGAGGUGUGGGCAUUCAAGCCUCACAGGGCUUCGGGGGGGCGGCUUCCCUUUUUGCUCUGAACAUCUGCUUUCACUUAGUGUAACUGCACUCUUUAAUCUCUCGGGGAAAAGAUUGUCUCCAUCAUCUUGAGCCCGCUACUUGUGGCCGUGUUGAAAUGCUGGAGAUUCGCGCGCUGUUUUUAUCUGCUGUUGGGUUGAAAUCACGACAGACGAAUGGUGGGUGUCAAAGGAGAGGCGUCUGCCCGGGGCAAGUCCCGGGAACUCUCUUUUAUUGAAUAUUACAAACAUUGCCACAGGUGUGCUUGUGGCUGAUUGGCUGAUACAAACACAAAGCAUCUUGUUGCUGAUUGGUUAACAUAGGUACAAGGCGGAAAUAACAUAUUACAUUAAUCACUGAUAGUUCAAAAGACUGGGAACGGAGCUGGAACUAGACAGGCAUGAAACCUCCUAAUUAAAUUAUAACUAAAGAUUGAUAUUGAGAGAACAUAACAUGAAGGAAUACAACAAUCACGUUCCGUAAAUGUGGUCAGCAAUGCAUUAAGAACAGGUCAGGAUACACUGUUUCAUGAACUCAAUGGGAACUGUUCAGAACAUUCUCAGACUCUUGUGCAGAAGCAGAGAAAAGAUUAUGAGCGAGACUUCCCAGAAUGCAAGAGGAAAGAAGCUAAUAGUUCUCAUAGCAAGAUUUCAUAGUAAGACUUCCCACAAUGCCACAUUAUGUGCAGUAAGAGAACUGCAGAAAGAGAACUUCACAGUGAGAGAACUGCAGAAAGAAAAACUUCCCUUCAAUCUGCAAAGUGGCUCGCUUUAGUCAAGGUCACCUUGCCCUCAAAAACAGUAAAGGUUUGUUCCGUGCACAGCAAGUCUUUAAAAAAAAGAACCAAAGCAAUCGCGGGAGCAAACGGACCCCAGGAAAUUUGAUUCCUCCGGAGUUGUGGCUGUGAAGAAAUGGCAAAUGGAGUUCAAUGACCAUUGGAAUGUAGUGCCGUAUCUGCGCUGUAAACUUAGAGGAACUUUAACAAUGCAUAUGCCCCAAAGAUACCAGGAAACUGUGGUUUUAUGAAGAGGCCAAAAAUGCUCUGCCAGCACUCUCAUAGAAAUAAGUUUGCAAGGGGAAGGAAAUAUUGUUAAAAGGGGGAAUAAAGGAAGCUGCCUUUGCUCCUCUAGCUGAGCGACUCUCUAGGAUUUCAGAGUUAAGUGUUUUCCCAGUCUUACUAGGCAUUGAACCUGGGAUCUCCUGCAUGUAAAUUGAAGCGUAAGUGACAGGCAGUAAUAUAAAAGCUCUCUGCAAGCUGGCAGCUGCUUUAAGUGGCCAGAAAGCCAAACCACAUACAUGUAAUCAUAAAUGCAAUUUAUGUAAGGAGCUUAAGGUGGAAUACAUGGUUCUCUUCCCCAUUUUAUUCCCCAAACAGCCCUGUUGGGUGGGCUGAGAGGAUGUGACUGGCCCAAGGUCACCCAGUGAGGUUCGUGGCUGAGUGAGGAUUUGAACCCUAGUCUCCCAGGUCCUAAUCUGACAUCCUCCUUACUACACCACCCUGGCUGGAAUGAUUAGGGCAUUUAACAAACUCUAGUCCUCAAGGCAGCCAGAAGUUGAGAGAGAAGCCGGUUGUUCUUCCUGCUUCCAAGAUUCUGCAUUAGGCAUCCCACCCUGCUUGGUUUUGCCAGUGUUGCUGCCCUUCCCCACUUAAACCUUCUCUUGUGCCCUCACAGUUAUCGACUCCAGCACCCCUGAGAAUGGGGAAGGGCCCUCCUCUUGCAGUUCCUCCUUCGGCAGCUGGGAGGCGCAUACGCGUGGCAUCGGCUCCAAACUCCUUGCUCAGAUGGGGUAUGAGUUUGGCAAAGGUAAGCAUUUGCAUGUGCGCAAAAGGUGGUUGUCUCUGCAACUUAUCCAAGUAAUUUCUCUGCUUGUGCCAAUAAUAAUAAUAAUAAUAUUAAUAAUAAUAAUAAUACGGUGGUACCUUGGUUUAUGAACUUAAUCCGUUACAGAAGUCUGUUCUUAAACCAAAGCGUUCUUAAACCAAGGCAUUCUUUCCCAUAGCAGCGGGGGACUCAAUUUACAAAUGGAACACACUCAACAGGAAGCGGAACAUGUUUUGCUUCCAAGCAAAGUUCACCAACCAAGACACCUACUUCCGGGUUUGCAGCGUUUUUAAUCCAAGUUGUUCAUAAACUAAGCUGUUCUUAAACCAAUGUACCACUGUAGUAGUAGUAGUAGUAGUAGUAAUUGUAUUACUUAUACCCUGCCCAUCUGGCCAGGCCUCCCCAGCCACUCUGGGCAGCUCCCAACAGAACACUAAAAACACGAUAAAACAUCAAACAUUAAAAACUUCCCUAAACAGGGCUGCCUUCAGAUGUCUUCUAAAAGUCAGAGAGUUGUUUAUUUCCUUGACAUCUGAUGGGAGGGCAUUCCACAGGGCGAGCGCCACUACUGAGAAGGCCCUCUGCCUAGUUCCCUAUAACCUCACUUCUCACAAGGAGGGAACUGCCAGAAGGCCCUCUGAGCCAGACCUCAGUGUCCGGGCUGAAUGAUGGGGGUGGAGACACUCCUUUAAGUAUACUGGGCCGAGGCCAUUUAGGGCUUUGAAGAUCAGCACCAACACUUUGAAUUGUGCUUGGAAACGUACCGUAUUUUUCGCCCUAUAGGACGCACCGGCCCAUAGGACGCACCUAAUUUUUUGGGGGGGGAAUUUAUUUUCCCCCCCAGGCGCUUGCGGGGCUGGCGGCAGGGAGAAGCGGGCUUCUCCCCGCUGCCAGCCUCCAAAGGACGUCUGGAGACAGCGGGAUGGCGCGCUGCGCCUCCCUGCUAUCCCCCCAGCUUGUGGGGCUGGCGGUGGGGCUCUGCUGAAGCCUGAAGAGUGAGAGGGGUCGGUGCGCACCGACCUCUCUCGCUCUCCAGGCUUCAGCGAAAGCCUGCAUUCGCCCCAUAGGACGCACACACAUUUCCGCUUCAUUUUUGGAGGGGGAAAAGUGCGUCCUAUAGGGCGAAAAAUACGGUACUGGGAGUCAAUGUAGGUCUUUCAGGACCGGUGUUACAUGGUCUCAGCAACUGCUCCCUGUCACCAGUUUAGCUGCCGCAUUCCGGAUUAGUUGUUGUUUCCGGGUCACCUUCAAAGGUGGCCCCACAUAGAGCGCAUUGCAGUAGUCCAAGUGGGAGAUAACCAGAGCAUGCACCACUCUGACGAGACAGUCUGUGGGCAGAGAGGGUCUCAACCUGCGUACCAGAUGGAGCUGGUAGGCAGCUGCCCUGGACGCAGAAUUGACCUGCGCCUCCAUGGACAGCUGUGAGUCCAAAAUGACUCCCAGUAGGGAUGCCUGAUGCGAACUAAUGACUAGGAGUAGCUAAUGAGUAGGAUGCCUGAUGCAAGCUAAUGACUUCCUAAAAAUCACUGCAAACCGCCCCCCCCCCAUAUGACCUGGGUUACUGUGCGUAAUAGAAACCUGGUGGACAAGCAGCAGCAAGGACAGGCCCAUCUGCUUGAUCCAUCCAAGUGUCUCUUACACAUGCCAGGUCAAGUCCUCCAUCCAUGACUCUCCUCCUGCUUCAGGUUUGGGGAAGAAUUCGGAGGGCAGAGUGGAGCCGGUCUUAGCAGUUGUGCUGCCCAAAGGCAAGUCCUUGGACGAGUGUGCUGAGAUCCUCCAGAAGAAAAGGGAGGGGAAGAUUGAUCCAGCCAAGCCCAGAAAACGGAGGGCGAAAGGCAACCGAGCCGCCCGGCCUCCCCGGCAGGACCCAAAGCCCUCCCGAAAUGUCUUUGACUUCCUGAAUGAGAAGCUUCAGGGCCAGGACCUCGGUGAGCAGGAGGCAGGGCUUGCUCCCCUAGAGAGGAGCAGCAAGGAGAUCUACCACGCCAGCAAGAGCACGAAGAAGGCUCUGAGCGUCCGCCUCUUCCAGACAGUGGAGAAAAUCGACCAAACCCAGAAGGAGAUCCGCGGGAUCCAGGAAGCCCUGGCACGCAACAUCGGGAGGUAAUGAGACCUUUCGAUUCUGCAUGUGGCAUCUGAUCUAGAAUUGAGACCGUGGGUUUUGGCUUCCCAAUAUUUAUGGCUUAGCUGGAAAUAUUUCAGUAGCGCUGGCUGGGGCUGGUGGGAGUUGUCGUCCGAAACAUCCGGAAGAGCUCCAGGCUCUUGCCUCACGGAAUCAUAGAACUAUAGAGUCAGAAGGGACCCCCAAGGGCCUUCUAGUCCAGCCCCCUGCAAUGCAGGAAUCUCAGCUAAAGCAUCCAGGACAGAUGGCCACCCAACCUCUGCUUAGAAACCCCUAAGGCAGGAGAGUCCAUAUUUCCCCGAGGGAGAGCAUUCCACUGUCAAACAGCUCUUCCUGUCAGAAAGUUCUUCCUGAUGCUUAGUCAGAAUCUCCUUUUGUGUAACUUGAAGCCAUUGGUUCGAGUCCUACGCCCUAUCUGAAGUCCAGGCAGGUUUCCAAAGAGGGAAAUCCACAUUGGACCAGUGCUUUGUGAUGAACUUUCUGCUAUGUAAAUACUGUGCAUCCAUAAUUUGAAGCAAAAAUUAUAUGUCGCUUUUAUCGACCUAAAGUCGAUACGGUCCCAAGGCAAAAAUUGGAAAAGACAAAUAUAGACCUCCGUCUAUUAUUUCUCAUCAAAACAUUAUACACUGACACAUCGAUACAAGUAAAGGUGGAACUGGCCAUCUCACCACUAGAAUUAAGACCAUUACUGGAGUCAAACAGGGAGGCAUUUUGGCACCUUUCCUGUUUAAUUUAUAUAUUAAUGACAUGGUUAAAGAAAUGGAGGGCCUAUAGUUUGCCCCUGUCACAAUUCUCGACCAAAAACUCUCAGUCUUAAUGUAUGCUGAUGACCUAGUACUUGUAUCUAGAACCCAGGUGGGCCUGAAAUUAAGUUCAUAUUGCACGAGGAAUGCUUUAUCUACAAACUUGAGAUAUUUGAAGAUGGCUAUUAUAGCUCCCCUCUUUUCCAGCCUGAACAUACCCAGCUCCUUCAACUGUUCCUCAUUAGGCUUGGCUUCCAGACCCUUGAUUAUCUUGGUUGCCCUCCUCUGCUGACCUUCCAGCUUGUCAGUAUCGUUAAAUUGUGGUGCCCAGAAAUUGGUUUGAUGGAGGGAUGGAGGGGGAUAGAGUAGGCACCUCCCUGUGCAUGUUCCGUUUCUCAGGACAUCCUUCUAAUUCUCUGGGUUUGGGGCUUUCAGGCACACGGUUGCCGCAGCUCAGCUGGAGGAGAAGCUUGCCGGAGCCCACAAGAGACUGAGCGAGCUGCGGGCUCAGGAGGCCAGUCUCCAGCGAGAGCAGAAGAAAGCCAACACGCACAAGAAAAUGACUGAGUUCUAGCCUGUCCUCUUCUCUCCCGCCCUUUGUCAGGCCGGGCCAUUUUCACUGGUCUGGAAGCAGCCAUGCUGUUCUACAAGUGUGCAAGGAGUUAGACCUUGCUAUCUCUUGAGCUGGCAGACAGGCCAGUCCUGCUCUUCCUUCGUCCUGGCUGCACAGCAGGGCUGAAAGGCAGGUGCUGAGAAUGAGGUGGGUGGCCUAGAGCCAUGGACACCUGAAUGCAAAGGUAGCCAGCGUGGGGUAUUCUAGGUGUCUCUGGGCUCGAGCUCCUAUCAUCCCUGACAGGGCCUGAUGAGUGUUGGCCAUGUCACUGCCUCUCUUUUGUUAUGCAUAAUUGGCUUUCUAAAGAGAAAAACUACAAGGUGAUUCACCUACAUGGAGCUGCAGAGAACGUUAAUCAGGCAUGGGAGCCGCUAGCAGAUUCCUGCUCUUCUCCUGGCCAUUUCCUUGUCUGUCGCCAGCUCUCUCCCUCCCAGGAUUUCUUGGCAACUUCUUGGUGGUGGGUGAUCUCCCCACCCAACUCGCAACAGAGAAAAGCACCACGAGAAGAAGGAAGAGAUAAGGUGGUUCUCUAGCACCCGUGCGGUCCUCCUGACUUGGUGGAAGGAGCUGCUGCAGUCUCGUGCGCGGCAUCCGCACCAGUCGGGUGCUAGAAGUGUGGUAGCGUUGCCUCCCUGUGCAACUCCUGGGCAGGGAGGGUUUAACAGCCAUGUGAAAAGAAGCUUGGAGGAAGGCUGGCCGUUCUCGCUGGCCCACACGAGCAGCAGUUCAGUUCUUUGAGGAUUCUUGGCCUAUAGUCCCUGUGCUCUCUCCCAUCAAAUUGCCAGGAAGGUUGAAGGCAGAACCGCUUCCCGUAGGUUCUCCUUAAAUCAGAGAUGGGGAACUCUGCGGCCGUCCCCAUGUUGUUGGGACUCUCGUUCCCAUCAUCCUUGACCACUGGCUGCGGCUGAUGGGAGCUGGAGUCCCAACAACAUGGGGACAGCCAUGUGCUUUGCAGCCACGUGCUGUGCUGUGCUGGUCACGUGUGGCCUCCAGGCGCAUGCUCAGCCUGCAUUGCCGCGCUCCCAAAUCUAGCCUGAAAUCCUACGGGCGGGGUGGAGGAAGGAGUGCAAGAGGCUUUCAGGUGAACUCUUUGCCCCCGAACAACAACCAUCAGGUGGUGAGAAGGGGGUGCAACCCCCUUCUGAAGCAUUUGCCUUCCAUCAGAACUGACAGCGGAGCAGAGAAAAGCCGCUAUCAUUCUUGCUCACUCCUGCAGCCCCGCAGGAGAGAUAGCAUCAGAGAAGUGGGUAAACUGUUUGGUCUCAGGAAGAAUGCUCUGCUGAGGAGAAGAGCAGUGGUGGGUUCUCCGUUUCAGGGCAGGCUUAGACAUCUGUGUAGCUUCCUGUGCAUGUUUCCUUUCAGGUUUGUAAAGAUUAUUUUGAGUUAAAAGAACAAUUGUCAUGCUGACUCCUUUGCUUUCUGGGUCUUGGGAGUUUCCUUUCUGGGUCCUGGGACUUUUUACGUAGCUCAGGUUCUAGUGUGUGCGCUUUUGCAUGUAUGAUAGACGGUGCAUCUUCGUUUGCAGUCGGGUUUGCAAAAUAUAAUUCGCCAGCAAGGAAGUGGUCUGGUUUUCUUCAGCUGUGCCUGAGCCAUCUAACAGAGAUAAAUCUACCCUGUAAAAAGCACUGGGGGCCAGAAGAAGAGCAGCCACUCGGUUUAAAUUCCUGUUACAUCCCUCCCCCCACACCCUUGAAUUUUGUUAGAAAGGCAUCUUGUUCUCCUUCCAUUUCCCAUUUCUAAAGGAGCAAUCUUUGGCGAUCACUCAUAGCCGAGUAAGAUUGUCUUCCAUAAACACAGUUUUAACAAUGAGCCCGUAAGUGACUGUGGUAGCCAAUUCUGGAUCCACACGUCCUUCCACAGUGGGAACAUUGGUUUCAGGGCGGGAGUUGAUCAUGGUGUGGAUUUGCCAAGCGUGCCUUCCUCUUAGCACAUUUCUCCCUUGUGUCCUGAGUUCGAGCAUCUUCAAAGCCCAUGACACCUUUGGUAAAGUAAAGGAGGAAUAGUGACAUAGAGACAAAGGUAAGGAAGUCUCUCCUAAUCUCUGCCCAUUAAAUGUGCUGUAUUUGUGCUAAGUGCCAAAUCCCACCCUGCUGGGUGCAAUAUGUUCAGCCCUCUGUUUAAAACAGGAUGGGAUGUUAUCCUCACUUAGUCUGAAAAAGCUGCUACUUUGCUAGAUUGACUGGGUCUUGUCAGGUUCUUCAACACGCCGGCGUUCUUGUUUAAGGCUGCAAUGCUUGUUUUGCUUUUUUGAAAAAAUAAUAAUCUAGGACUAAGAACCACUGAAUCCAGUGGUGCUUAUUCUAAGUAAAUGUACUCAGGAUUGGGCAGUACAGAUAUGCACAUGACAGCAGGUUCUACUUCCGGGUCCACGUAAAUCACAGGGCACAUGCUGUGCCUGAAGUGUCAUGGAAGGUUGGAAGCACCAGCUUCUCCUGCUCUUAAAUGCUGAGCAGGUUUCUAGUUCUCAUGAGGAAGCUCCCAGUUGGGGAAUGGAAGCAAGAGUCCUGAUUCCCCAGGUUUUGUGCAAGUCGUAAUUCACUCCUGAGACCACCCUCGCUUGCUACCCUUAGUAAGUGGGAACUAAAGGUUACUUUGUCCGUCUGUGAGUUAUCUAUUCCUUACAAAAAGAAGAACUGAGAUCUGGAAAGGAACCUCAUAUUUUGCAUCCACAAUAAAGUAAAGGCUACAUUUAUGUGUGGUAGAUAACAUAUUUUAAAGGGUGGUUGGUGAUUCUCUGAUAAUACUUGGG